AUGGAGGCUUUCUGCGCCACUUGGAAACUCGUUGACAGCCAGAACUUUGACGAAUACAUGAAGGCCUUGGGGGUGGGCUUUGCGACCAGGCAAGUGGGCAACGUGACCAAACCCACUGUUGUGAUCAGCCAGGACGGUGACAAAGUGGUGGUGAAGACCCUCAGCACUUUCAGAAACACAGAACUAUCUGCCAAACUGGGAGAAGAGUUCGACGAAACCACCCCAGACGACCGCCACGUCAAGUCUACGUUUUCGAUGGAGGGCGACAAGUUUGUGCAGGUGCAAAAGUGGGACGGCAAAGAGACAAAAUUUGUCCGAGAAAUCAAAGAUGAGAAAAUGGUCAUGACCGUGACCUUUGAGGGGGUCCAGGCAGUGCGAACCUACGAGAAAGCAUAA